CACCUACAAUCAUUUACGUUUUUUUAUUUAUUCAUAAGUAGUGUGGUGGUUUUUAUUGGAAUCGCAACUAAUAUUGAUAUUCCUUCAUUUAUAUACGGAAAAGUGUUUUUUAUUUUACCUAAUCCAUGAAAUAUUAUAUUUUGAGCAGUGUAGUAAUUAAUGAAUGCAUCACUACUCUUGUAGAUUUAUGUAUUUCCAAUUUGUUCCACCAGCUAUCUCAAUAUCAUGGGAGUGGCUUUAUUGCAACAUCAAAUAAUUUGUUAUUACUUCAUUUGUGAUUUUUUCUGUUAUUUGCCACAAUGAAUCCAGAGGCAACUGAUACACAGUGGUUGUUCGAACUUCUGCAAGAAGUACAAUUGGAACAGUUUUAUUCCAAAAUCAAAGAUGAAUUACAAGUCACCAGGUUAUCUCAUUUCGACUAUGUUUUAUCUUUUGACUUGGAAAAUAUUGGGAUGGGUAAACCAGCUGCACGGAGGCUUCUCGAUGCUGUCAAAAAACGUAGAGCUACUAUAUGGAAGAAGAAUAUUUUAAAUAAAAUUUUACCUUCUGGAAAACAGGAUAAGUCGUCCAAAGGGCCUCCAACUCCUGUGUCACCCACAUCUCCUCCAAAUGGCACUCUCACCUGUUUGAUCAAUGACAAAGACUUGAAACUGCUGAAUAAAUUAGGAGAUGGCUCCUUUGGUGUUGUCAUGAAAGGAGAGUGGACCACUGCUCCUGGUUCUUGUUUACCUGUUGCUGUUAAAAUUUUAAAAGAAGAUGCAGUCUCUCUUCCUGGUGCCUUCAAAGAUUUUAUUGAAGAAGUGAAUGCUAUGCACUCCUUAAAUCACCCUAAUUUAAUUAGGUUGUUUGGCGUGGUUUUACUUUCCCCAUUAAUGAUGGUUACAGAGCUUGCACCCUUAGGAUCAUUGCGGGAUAGUUUGCGGAAGGAAUGCCACCACACCCCUGUGUCACUUCUAAUUGAAUAUGCUGUUCAGAUCGCUAAUGGAAUGGCCUACCUGGAAUCCAAGCAAUACAUACACCGUGAUUUGGCUACUCGGAAUGUCUUAUUGGCGACAAAAAGAAAAGUUAAAAUUGGAGAUUUUGGACUGAUGAGGGCUCUACCUAAUCAAGAAGACUGCUAUGUUAUGACUGAGCAUAAGAAAGUUCCCUUUCCUUGGUGUGCUCCUGAAAGCCUUAAGUCGAGACAGUUUUCACAUGCCAGUGAUACCUGGAUGUUUGGGGUUACUUUGUGGGAAAUGUUUACUUUUGGAGAAGAGCCUUGGGCAGCAUUAUCUGGAGCACAGAUCUUGCAAAAAAUUGACCAAGAAGGAGAGAGACUGAGAAGACCUGAAGCUUGUCCAACAGAUAUUUAUCAACUGAUGUUGCAGUGCUGGGCUCAUAAGCCAGGUGAUAGACCAACAUUUUUAGCCCUUCAAGAUUUCCUGUGUGAGGCACGUCCUGUGACCUUAACUAGUGUUCAAGUGUUUGAAGAACCUGAAAAACUUCAAAUUCAGGCUGGUGACGUGAUAGAAGUCAUUGAAGGAAGGCAAGAGUUUUAUUGGUGGAAAGGUCAAAAUCAGCGCACUUUUGAAAUUGGUUUAUUUCCUCGUUUGGUUGCUGACCGACAAAAGCCAAGGACUGGUGAUGAUAUCAGCAGGCCAUUAAGAAACAGCUUUAUCCACACUGGCCAUGGAGAUAUUCAUGGACAAUCAUGGGGAAAUCCGGGUCAUAUUGAUGAGAUGUAUUUACAAAAUCCUAUGGAGCCACCUGAUUUGUUAGGACUUAAAGAAGACCCUCCUCCCGCACCAAAGUUAAGAGAUAGAAAUGCAAGACCAGUAUCUACAAGCAGUGAUGGUAGUUCUAAAAAAAGUGUAACAAAACAGUUUGGUUAUAACAAAUUAGAAAAUGAACAAAAUGGCGUUGGAAAAUCUUUUGCCCCAAAAUUUAAAUCCAAAAUAAAGAAAGAAGUCAAAGAAGGAAUUCUAAUAGAUUUCACAAAUGAAAUAUCAGUCAACACACCUCCUCCCUCCUCCCCAUUCCUACUUCCUUCUCCCAGAAUGACUCCGUCAAUUCACACAUCAUCAUCACUCAUUGACUUGACUCUGCCAAAUACCUUCUCUAACUUGUGCUGUGUUGAUAGAAAGAGUUCUCCAGAUUAUGAUACAUCAUCUACAUACACCAAUAAUACUUUUACUCAAGAUAGGUAUUACAAUGUGCCCCCAUCCGACUCUGAGAGUUCUGUCGACAGGUAUUAUUCUGUACCACCGGAUAAUUCUGUCGCUUCUAAUUAUUACUCUCCUGUUGCUGAAACAAAGGGAAACUACAUGCUCACGCCUUCUGUAACUAGCAAUCACCUUACGCGGAUGGGCAGUUGCCCCACCCUUCAUGUGGAACAAAGUCAUUCAUAUCGGAACCUUUACCAAACUCAAACUACUUCUUCAUCUGGACUUUCAUCAGCAGCUGCCUCUCCUUUUGAUGAUCUGUUCGAAGCAUUUGGUGGACCCCAAAUCCAAACCCAACCGCUCAGCAAGUUCCCGAUCAGUAAGUCUCAGACGGCGACGACGUGUGAUAGGACUCAAAUGCUGGAGGAGUUGAAAAAAACACUUGGUAAAAAAGAAAUGCAGACAAACUUUUCUAGCGAGAGUGGUAAAAAAACCGUUGUGAAAAUCCCGCUGCUUCAGCCACCCCAGCAGCAUGCAAAACGUAACAACAGGAUCGUGACAACAGACUCUGGCAUAAGCUUCCCUCGCGAUGUUAGGUCACCCACGGCUGUACAGGCUGGUCCUCCCCCUGUCCCUGCUGUACCUCCAAAUACAGCAGAAGUGAAACCCUUCCUCAUAAACAACCCCGUGUCUUCCAAAUGCAAUCUUUCCAACAACAAUACAAUGUUUACUUUUAUGCCUGGUUUGCCAAAUCCUUCAACUAAUGCUGACCUGCUGAAAAGUCAAUUGACCUUGAUGCAGGCACGCGUGUCGGGUGUCAGCCUCGAUGAGUGUCACGCCGCUUAUGUAGAGCAUAAGGGGAACUUUAGUGAAGCCGUGAAAGCGCUUCAACUGAUGCAACUAUGUCGUCUAGGUAUUGCAUCCAAAAGCGAUUGCGAGAAGGCAUUGCAGUCGGUCGACUGGAAUGUAGAACUCGCUGCUUCAGCUUUAGUGGAUCAGUUACAAUGUUCUUGAAACUGUGAUGGCUUGCUGUGCUUAACUUUAUCUAUAUGGUUGUGAAGACUUAAUUCUUAAAAAAAAGAGGUUGUAAAUCAAAACCGUAAUAUUGCACCUAAGUUUCAUUUAACCGUUUUUGGUAAUGGUUAAACAUAAUGCUAUUCGCUAGACUUACCUUGAAAGUGUUCUUUGUUUUUAACAUAUUCUUUUACCAAUUGUGUUCUAAACAGUAUUUUAAAGGUACUAAACUUUUUUAAUGUAAAUAUUCAUAUCUCAUUAUUGGUUUUUAUAAUUGAUUUUAAUCAGUUUAUUUAAACCAAUUCAACUUCUCUGUAAUAUUUUGUGGUGUAAACAUAUCAAUAAUCUAAUUUUGUUAGUUAUUCAAGUGAAAAAAUAAUUUCUAAAAAACAACUUGUUUCAAAUUUGUACAUUUUGUACCAAGUAGAAUAAAUUUUCCUGACACUGAAAGAUUACUUGAAAAAUAAUAGAAAUACAUUACCCCUGGUUGUUAAUCUUCGUAUGAAUUUACUAGCUUUCCUUUUGUUUGAAAUAUGUGGACGGCAUGAGGCUGGCGAAUUCUGAAUAUUAACAACUAAUCGUGCAUUUUACUAUUUCAAUAUUAUUUUAAAAAAGAAAUUGCUUGUUAAGCUGAAAAAAUAUGUUCAUGACAGACAUAGUUUGUGACAUUUUGGGACGGGAUCAAGAAUUUCCCAUUUUACCUUGAGGAUAAUAAUGGCAAAAUAGCUACCUUUAAAGUAAAAGUUGAAUAUAAAAUCUUUUAGAAAGUUUAAGCAUAGCAAAUAAGAAACUUUAGCCUCUUAAGUUAAAUUUGAAAGAGACAACAAUGUUAUUAUUUUGGGUACAAUGGUUAGCAUGCCCACAUCUAUUUUUCUUGUACCAAAUGUUUGCAAAAAGUUGUAAUUUUUGGUAAUAAUAGUCAAGGAAAUAAAUAAUAAUGAGUAAUUAUGUCAGAUUUCCACAAAAGUUGUUUGCAGGUUCAAAUUGAAUAUCAGUAUCUAUAGAUUGAAGCCAUAGUUUGAAUAUUAGUCGUAGGUUAACUACAUGUUCUCAAUAACAACAAAACACCAGCAAAAUCAAUAGAUAUUCAUAACUCUUAGGAAAACAAUGUAUGAAUCCCUAUUCAUAGCUGCCAACUCUUCUGGAUUUUCCAGUAAACUAAUGAAAAUUUGCCUGUUUUUUGUAAAUUUAAAAAAAAAAAAUCCCUAAAGUUGAGUAAGUUUCCUAAAAAAAAAAAUCCCUAUUGAAAUAGAAUUUUUGCACAAAUUAUUGCUUGCUUGAAUAUGUAAGUAUUACUGAUAUAUAAUAAAGCCAUCCUAAUUUAUAAAAAUCAGUUAAAAACUUUUUUGUUCUAAAAUGUUCAGUUUAUAUACAAUUCCCUUUUUAAAUAAAUUAAACAAAAUUUUAACUAUCUUUGAUGAAUAAAUUGCUUUACUAUUCAAAAUUAUGAGUAAACAUAAUACAUAACGUCUCAAGUUACAACGUCAAUCAUAACUGGAAAAUAUUGCAGUUUUUCUUUUUUGAUGACUGUAAAAAACCUUAAAAUUCCUUAUGUAUAAAAUAUUUUGCAACAAUUAUUAUAAAGUUUAUAUUAUUUAAAAAAUCUACUGGAAUUUUUCCUAUCCCUGUUUACAGCUAUGCCUCUUUGAUUUUUACUACUUUACUUUUUUAAACACCUUGGACAAAAGCAAGGUUUUUUAACAAAGCUGUUUCUUGUAGAAUGUAUGUGGUUUGCAUUGCAUAAAUUUUAUAGCAAAAACUCCUAAUUAGUUAUAUAAUUAAUAUCACAUACGAGAAUUAUAAACAUUGAUAUUGCUGAAAUGCUUAGAUUCGGUAAAUUUAAAAAUAAAGGGAGAAUUCAUUCCAACUGAAAUUUGAUUCAUUUUAUUCAAUUAAGUCAUUAAGAUGGUGGCAACUUUAAAAAAAAAAAGGGAACUGUUAAAAAGAUUAAAUGUUUUGGAUAAUUAAAAACCAGCAAUGAGAUAUAAAUGGUUUUUGGUGCUUGAGGUAUUGUUUGAACAUUAAAGGUUGAAUAUUAACUAUUUUUUCACUCCUUGUGAAUUGGUGAUAUAUAUAUAUAUAUGUAUAUGUGAAAAUUUAUUUAUUAUCCACUCAUUUAUGUUAUUUUGAAGUAUAGUCCAGUUUUUAUUUCUUUAUGUUUUACUUUUUUGAAAGCUUUACAACAUAAGUGCUCAGUACCAAAGAUUCUCAGAGACAAUUUUAAAUAAAAACAUUAAAUGUUUAAGAGCCUCAUUCAGCUUACAUACUGUCUUCAAAUAAUACUCCAUUUCUGAAAAUAUACUUUUGUUACAUGGUACUGCAAGUACUGCUUUAGCCUAGUGUUUUGUAACAGGUAUUUGAAAGUAACAUGUUUUUAUAACAGGUAUGAUUCUUAAAAAGAUACAAAAUGACUAUUAUAGAAAAUACGAACCAGCCAUCCCUAAUGAACAGCAAUCAACUAAAACGUUUACAUUUUUACUGAAUUUUUAAACUUUGCUAGAAAUAGUCUAAUAAAUAUGCAAAAUUUGUUUUUGUAUAAAAUAUAUGUUCAUGUAAUAUUUGAAAAAUUGUUGCGUGCUAUAAAAUUUUAUUAUUUAUAUCUUAUCACACUUGCAUGUUAUAACAUAAGCACAGUAUGCUAAAGUUAGAUUUUUUUUUUAAGUUACCUAAUUACUUAAUUUUUAUGUUUGGCUUAACAAUGUGUAAUGUUACAUUUUACAUACACAAUUGUGAAUUAUGUGCUAACUAGCUAUUCUAAAAAAAUAUAUAUUUUCACUGUUUGCAUUUAACAUUACUAUUAUGUAACAAAGGUUGAAAUUGUUGAAAGUUGUAAAAGUUGAAUUGCCUUUUUUUUAAUGUCUUAAAUAUGACUUAAAAAUAUUUUUCAAAAUUAAUCUGCCAUGAAGAUAGUAAAUUACAAGAGCAACUAAUUUUCUAUUUUGCAAAUUCUGUUUGAUUUAUUGUUGAACAAAAUAGUGUUCUGUGAAUUAUGUGUUAACUGGCUAUUAAAAAAAUAUAUAUUUUCACUGUUUGCACUAAACAUUGCUAUUAUGUAUCAGUAUCAUAAAAGUUGAAUUGCCUUUUUUUUCCAUCUUUUAUUUAAUGUCUUAAACAUGAUUUAAAAAUAUUUCUAAAAAUUUAUCAGCCUUGAAGAUAGUAAAUUACGGAAGCAACUAUUUUUGUAUUAUCAAAUUCUGUCUGUUUUAUUGCAUAACAAAAUAGAGAGUGUUCUAUGAUCAAUUCUCUUAAAUAUAUAUUUUUAGAAUCCUUUAAGAAGUAAAAAAAAGUGUAUGUGAAUUGCAAAUUAAAACUCAAGGGAGGAAAAAAAACAUUAACAAAAUCUGAUAUGUAACUAUUGAAGUGGGUUGAGAAUAAAACCAGUUUGAUUGCAAGACAAAGUUAGCAAAAAUUGUUUUUUUUCUCUUUUUCUUCUCUUUUUUUAGGAAAAAGAUUUUAAAAAAAUCUCUUUUUUUAUUUAAAUUAGAUUUUUUUAUUUGCUUACAUAUACCAAUCUAAAUCAUUUUAACUAAAAUUAUUAUAUAAUUAAUUAUUACAAACUAAUUACUGAAAAAUUAAACUUAUAGCCGUGUUUAUUCCAGCUCAAUACUCUUAAUGAAUUUUUAAAGACAUAGAAUCAAAAAUGUGUCAGAUAUUUAAUGAAAAAUAAAUUAGUUUAGAUCAGGAAACACUAAAUAGUACUAAAACAUUAACACUAAAACAUUUGUUCUAAAUUCCGUCGUCAUAAUUUAUGAAAACAAACUACGUGUAUAAUAAGUUCUAAAAGUAUUUUUGUUCAAAUGAACAUAAAACUGAAAUGUUAUAUUUGAAAUAUGUUAAUUAAAUAGCAAAUUAUUUUGCAUACAGCUAAUGAAAAGUUAUACUAAAAAAAAUUCACUUUAAUCCAUAGUUAUUAUUCAGUUUAUUUUAAACAUCAAAUAAUAAUUUACAGGUAUUUCCCUCCUCUCUAGUGAUUGCACAACAUUUUUAUUACUUCCACCUUAAAUUUGACCUUUCAACCCUUCAUGUGAUUACCUUAUAUAUGUUAUGUAUAUGAAAUAUUUAAAUUCAGCUCUUCCUGCUCUUUAUAUUAUCAUAGCAACUAUUCACAUAUUUAAUGACUUUUUUAAUUACAGAUGAAUCUUAAUUAACUGUUAGAUGCUCAAUUCUGUUCCACCCUUUUAAGGGCAAAGGAGCAAAAAUUGUCCCUCUUAUUUUUGACGGUAACAUGAAUUACUGAAAUUUUAAUAGUUUUAACUCUUUUAAAAGACAAGUUUUUUUAUCAACCACGUUUUAUCGAAAGCAAAUUUUUGCAUUGUGGUUAUGCUUACUGUGACUUAAAUUCUUUUGACUUUUAUUAAUAAAAAUUAACUGCUGUGCCAAGAGUUCAAAAAGUGUGAAGUUGUGUGAAAUUCUUUCUUCCACAAUAAAUUACGCUGUUUUUUAUCAACCACAUUUUAUUUUGAAAGCUGUAAAGAAGCAAAUUUCAUUGUGGGUAUGCAUACAAUGACUUAAAUUCUCUUGACUUUUCCUAAUAAAAAUUGUCUGCUGUGCAAAGAGUUCAAAACGUGUGAAGUUGCCCUCUUUCACACUAAAAGUUAAAUAACAUUCGAAAAAACUUUUCUGUGUUUUAGAAUGUCUACUGUAAAUACAGGCCAUGAAAAAUACUUUAAAUGAACUUAAAUUUUGACUCCCAAUUUUCAAGAGCUCUUAGUAUUUGCAAACCAUUUUAAAUUUGUUAGAACUGUUUUAAUCUAAAACAAAAAUAUAUUUGUAUUUUAAAAUUAUGCAUUAAUUCAUAUGUCCACUGUCUUCAGUGUUUUUAAAAUUAAAUUUACAAGAGACACGCAACUAUUCUUGCCAUUUUAGCACAAACAUGCUACAGAAAUGGUCUCUUUUUUUUUUUAAGUAACAGUAAUUUUUUUGAAGUGUUGAAAUUUUGGGAAAAUCGAAAAUGUGAACUCAAAUCAAAGCAAUUAAUUUUCUUUAAUGGGCAAGUCUGAUUUAUGUUUGCUUAUUAAUUUAUUUUAAAUUUUCUAAAAACUGAUUUGUAAUUUAGUCUAAUUACUCUUUUGCUAAUUUCUGAAUGAGUGAGCAUAAUUUUUUGUUAAUUCUUUAAUUGAAAAGUUUCAUAUAAGAUUUUAAAAAAUAUGUUCAACUUUGAACAACAGCUUAUUUUAAUUAGUGCAAAAAGAGAGCACAGUCUUCUUUAAAGUGAAAAAACCUAAUCUGGAUUGCAUUCGAUUAUAAAUAAUUGUCUGCAAACUGUUAAAUUCUCUUCCUAAAAUUUUUUAUUUUAAAUUAAAAAAUUGAAGUUUUUAUUAAGUAAAUAAAGUCAUAUUGAUGUUGAAUAUCUUUUAGUGGAUAACUUUAAAAUGUGAAUUACAAUGUGGGUACCAGAUUGUUAAAAUAAUGAUUAAAUAUCCUCAAAAUAUUUUUAUUUAAAUUUUAACUGAAAUUAUCUAACAGUUAACCUUUAAGAAGAUUGGCUGGAGUAACAUAAGAGCAUGGUGGUGCACUUUGUUUUAAUGCCUCACUAUAAUUCUUUUGAGAUAUUUCUGUUUAAUACAAUGUUUAUUAAUUUUAUAUAACUUAUAAAAAAUACAUUGGAAGAAAAAUAAAUUUAAUUAAGAUAAAUAUGAUAAAAAUACAGAGAAAAAUGUGAUUGAUAUUUCAAUUUUGACUUUUAAUUAAAUUGAACAAUUGACAAUUUAUUAUAUAUUAUUAAAUAAACUGUGGCAAUUUAAACUUUGAACGUGCUCUUCUGCAUUGCUUCCAGUUUCACUAAUUCAUCCUUUAUAUAUUAUAUUACGAUUUUUAAAUAAAUCCAAAAAUAUGGGCAUUAACAAAAACAAUUUCGGAUAGAUCACCGACAUUUUUUUAAACGAUCAUUGCAAGUGUCACAAAUGUGCUUGGUUAUUUUUAUGUGAUUGCGUACAAAAUGUAAGCAUCCUAUGCAAUUUAUGGUCGUGUAGUUAUUUUUCUUUCAUCCUUUUCAUGUGACUUUCAACUUCUGAAUAGACUUCAAAAAGAGGGUUAAUAAAAUGCUGGUGUGAAUCACGUGAUUAUUAUGGAAAUGGCAGCUGUCUUUUCAUUGACUGGCGUACACAGUACGCUCCCCUUGUUUUUGAAAAUUAACAGUGAAUUUUUGAUAAACAUUUGCAUGUUUAUCUGUAUAGACUUGAAUUUAUAUUUCAUAUGCAUUUAAAACUUGUACAAAUAUACAUCUUUCAUCGAAAUUCUUCCUUAUCUCUCUUUUUACUAUUGUCAGUCGAAAAUUGUGAUAAAAUUGAUCUGAAUGAACCAAAUAAAUGUAAUUUAAUUUAUGAA